AGACCACCGAGUCUCGCUGCAGAGGUUCUGGCUCCACCAACACUUCUGUUCAGGAAGGUUUUUUUAAACCCAGAAGGGCUGACUCUACUGGGAGUGAAAGACAAGAACGAGACAUGAUGUUCAGUGAACCUGCUGCUUCUCUUUCUGCUGGCAGUGAGCCCUGAUGAUGAUGAUGAUGAAGAAGCUUUAAAAAGUCAGGCAGUAAAGGCUGGAACUUGUAUUUUGUUUUAUAUGCACGUGUCUGAACACUGCCCCCAUAAAACAAGAAGAACUGGUUAAUUUUUGAUUCUUUUCCUCGCCCAGCUGUGUGGGGCAUAAAGAGCAUCGAGCAGGAAACUCUUCCUCACUCCGUCACAGUCAUCCUCUCAUAGGACCAAGGGACACUCUGGACUGGACGUGUGGAGUCUAAGACCUGAACCAUGAUGUUGGGUCUGGAGCCGGUGUCCGUGGAGCCUCUGACCUGUAGCCCCGAGGCCACGCUCUGCUCAGGUGCAGACUGCCUGAUGCCUCCCAGCGACUUCAACGCCAUCCUGAGCGUGGUCAUGAGCACGGUGCUCACCGUCCUGCUGGCCAUGGUCAUGUUCUCCAUGGGCUGCACGGUGGACGCCCACAAGCUGUGGGGCCACAUCAGGAGGCCCUGGGGCAUCGUCAUCGGCUUCAUCUGCCAGUUCGGCAUCAUGCCCUUCACGGCCUUCGCCCUGUCCUUAGCCUUCAACGUUCUGCCCGUGCAGGCCAUCGUCAUCAUCAUCAUGGSCUGCUGUCCCGGGGGCUCCAGCUCCAACAUCAUCUGCUUCUGGCUGGAAGGAGACAUGGACCUCAGCAUCAGUAUGACCGCCUGCUCCUCCAUCCUGGCUCUGGGGAUGAUGCCUCUCUGUCUCUUCAUCUACACCAGCGUUUGGACCUCCAGCGAYGCCAUCAAGAUCCCAUUUGACAGCAUUGGAAUCACACUGGCAGCCCUCCUCAUCCCCAUCGCUGUGGGCAUGUUUGUGAAGCACAAGUGGCCCACAAAGGCAAAAAAGAUCCUGAAGGUGGGUUCUGUCGUUGGCUUUCUUCUCAUCAUCAUCAUCGCGGUGAUCGGAGGCGUCCUCUACCAGUCCUCCUGGACCAUCGCCCCCUCCUUGUGGAUCAUCGGAGCCAUGUACCCCUUCAUCGGGUUUGGACUGGGGUUUUUCAUGGCUCGCUUUGUGGGUCAGCCCUGGCACAGGAGUCGAACCAUCGCUCUGGAGACGGGUUUUCAGAACUCUCAACUGUGCAGCACCAUCGUCCAGCUGUCCUUCAGCCAGGAGGAGCUGGACGUCAUGUUCGCCUUCCCCCUCAUCUACAGCAUCUUCCAGCUGGUGGCAGCGCUCGGCUUUGUGGCGUCCUUCCAGCUGUACAAGAAGAUGUGCAGAAAAGGUUCRGCUGAUGCAGACAGCGAGGCCCCAGGCUCAGACUCUGAUAAAAAGAGCCCGGCUUUGGACAACCAGGCCUUUGAGCUAAACGAGAACAGCACCGACAAUUUAAAAGGAACAUAUAAGAAGAUGGAGCAGUGAGGUCCCUGAAGGAUGCAAAGUCCUUUAGACUGGAAACGUCCCUUAUCCUUCCUGCAUCCAUCCUGCAUCCAUUCCUCAUCCAUCCCUCAUCCAACCUACAUCCAUCCUUCAUCCAUCCUGCAUCCAUUCCUCAUCCA